UAAAAAAAAAUUUCCUCUGCAAAAACCAGUACUAGCUCUAGUACUCAACAAUGGCGAAUAACAAGAUCCGAAAAAUAGUUCAACUAAAACAAGUAAUGAAGAGAUGGAAAUCAAUGAGUUUAGGCAAAACACACCACCACAGCAACAGAUCUGAUUCAUCAGAUUCCUCUUCAUCUUCAUCAGAAUCCGACUCGAAUUCAAGAAACAGAAGAAUAAGUUUAAAGAGAAUUCCAUCAUCUGGGAAUUUAGCAGUUUAUAUCGGUCCAGAAAGAAGAAGAUUCGUAAUACCAACAAGGUAUUUGAAUUUACCAAUAUUUGUUUCGUUAUUGAAGCAAUCUGAAGAAGAAUACGGGUUUCAGUCCAACGGCGGUCUGGUAUUACCAUGUGAAGUGGUUUUCUUCAAGAGGGUGCUGAAAUUGCUUGAUAAAGAUGAGAAUAGGUUUAGGAGAUUAGAGUUGGAUGAGUUUUUGAAUUUGAUUUCUGAUACUGUGGAUCCAAAUUAUUGUAGAGAAGGUGCUAAAGAUUUUGGAUUCACUCCUCUGUUGCCUAAAACUAGGGCUUGAUUUUAAGCUGUGAGUUUGAUGAUGAUGAAGAAAAAAUGGAGGAGAAAUUUUAGUAGGGUUUGUGUAAAGACUGAUGAAAUUGCAAGAAAAAAGAUGUAAUGGCCUAAUCAAUGGGGUUUUUUUUUUUUUUUUUUUUCAUCCAUGAUUUCCUGUCUAUUAAUGGUGAUGGGAUUUCAAUGAGAUGUUUUUGUGUUUUCUAGGGUUCUUUUUCUUUUAGGACAUUAAUAUGGGGUUGGGUUAGAGAUUGUGGGAAAUGCAAAAUUAGUGCAAAAUUUCUAAUGCUAAUUAAUGGAGAACAAAAUUAAUGAAAAGAAAUUUCAUUUCUGUGAUUUUAAUUUGUAAGUAAUUAUGUUGUUGUUUGAUUUGAUUUGUUUUGAGGUCCUUUUGAGA